AAUUAGGUCAAUUUAGUACGAACCGAUGCCUCACUUCCUAGAAUUCUUCCUCCAGGCAAAUUUUUCCUCUCACCACCUUCCUAUAUAAAUCCAAAGGAAGUUUCCCAUCUCCCACACUCUUGCAUCGUCUCCCUUAUAUAUAAUGUAACAAUCUCUCCACCAUAACCACACUGAUCCACACACUUCUUCCUAUUCACUUCCGGUGAAAAAUUUAUGCUAAUGUCAUCCCCACGGGGCCGAGGCAACCGACCGCCGCUCAUUUUUGAGGAUUUCUUCCCGCUGAUGGUGGAGAAGCUGGGGACGGAUGGGUUCAUGGAGGAGCUAAGCAACGGGUUUAAGCUUCUGGUGGACAGGGCCAAGGGAGUCAUAACAUUCGAGAGUCUGAAGAGGAACCUGGCGCUGUUAGGAUUGGAAGGAAUGAGCGAUGAGGAUGUGAUGUCAAUGCUGAGAGAGGGUGACUUGGACGGGGAUGGGGCGCUGAACGAGAAGGAGUUUUGCGUGCUCAUGCUCCGGUUGAGCCCCGAGCUGAUGAAGGACUCCAAGGAGUUGCUGGAGGAAGCGAUUUAUUUAGAUGAUUUGUAAGCUUGGAAUUGAUUUCCAGCCAAAUAGAAGAGGGAAAUUUGUCCUGCGUGGGUACGAAUUGAUCAUGCAUCUGUGAUGAUCUCGAAUAGUCAAUAAGUCGUAUUCUGCAUUUAAAUAUUUAUUUUAUUUUAAUUCUAGGCAGUGUCAGGAAGAGAAAAAGAAAAAAAACAAUGGAAGUUUCUUGGCCCUACGUUAAUCAAUUCAUUUUGUCCUUUAGUGGAAUUAUAAGAUUGAAUUUUUCGGCUA